UAACAAUAUAGGCUAUCGAUAGAACAUCACAAUACAUACAGCUCUGUAAACCUUCAAACAUCUGAAGUAUAUUCUUGGACAAAGUAAGUCAGUUAGUUUAGCAGUAAACAGAUCAGCAAAAAGUGGGUCACAUUAAAAAGAGAAUUUAGAUACGUGACGCCAUCUGUUUCAAGAAUUACUACUUCAUCGUGAAUGAAACUGUGAUCCUAGUGUAAUUAAAUCGUCGUCAUGGCAGACCAUUUAACAAUUCCACAGUUAAUUAUGAAGAAAAGGAAUAAAGAAGAAUUGUCCAAACAGGACAUCCAAGAUUUUAUCGAUGCUGUGGUCCAGGACAAAGCAGAAGGAGUACAAAUCGGCGCCAUGCUGAUGGCCAUGUUACUCAAUGAUCUGACAGUGACAGAAACAACACAUUUAACAAAUGUCAUGAUGAAUUCAGGGGACACAUUAAAAUGGCCGGAGGAAUGGAACGGUUCAUUGGUUGAUAAACAUAGUACUGGUGGAGUUGGAGAUAAAAUUAGUCUUGUUUUGGCCCCAGCUUUAGCAGCGUGUAGUUUGAAGGCAAGUUUGACAUCAGAGAUAAAAAUCCUCCCAGUUCCAAUGAUAUCUGGAAGAGGUCUUGGACACACUGGUGGCACAUUAGACAAAGUAGAAUCCAUCCCAGGAUUUCAGGUUGCCAUAAAAACAGAUCAAAUGGUGGACAUAUUAAGAAGCGUUGGUUGUUGUAUCGUCGGGCAGACGUCCAAUUUAUGUCCAGCAGAUGGUGUUUUAUAUAAAUCACGUGAUGUAACAGGAACCGUUGACCACAUAGGUUUAAUAGCAGCCUCUAUCGUUUCCAAAAAGGCUGCUGAGAAUGUGAACGCUCUAGUUUUAGACGUCAAAGCUGGUAAAGGUGCUUUCUGUGAAACUGUGGAGAAGGCACAUAUUUUAGCAGAUCGUAUGGUACAGGCUGGUAAGGGAAUGAAUAUAAAGACAUCAGCUGUUAUAACUGACAUGAACUCCCCUAUUGGUAGAAUGAUUGGUAACGCUCUAGAGGUUAUAGAAGCUAUUGAGUGUUUACAUGGUGACGGUCCUCAAGAUAUCAAUGAGCUUGUUGAACAAUUGGGUGGACAACUUUUAUUAUCUAUUGGUCAAGUCGAGACUAUAGAAAAUGGAAAAGAAAAGAUUAAACGGACACUGACUGAUGGUACAGCUUUAAAGAAAUUCUGUGCUAUGUGUGAAGCUCAAGGAGUAGCAGAAAACUUUGCUGAAAAGUUGUGUACAAAGGGUGAUAUUUCACAUCUUCUGCCUAAAGCUCAACACAAAACACCGAUUAAAAGCAGACUGUCUGGUACAAUAUCAACAAUAGAUGCCAUGGAAUGUGCUCGAAUAGCCCAGUCAUUAGGAGCAGGUAGAACAAAAUCUGAUGACAAGUUGAAAAACGGAGUUGGACUUGAGUUACUGGUCAAAGUUGGUUCCGAAAUAAAAGAAGGUAAGCUGGCUAUAAAUAGAAAUUUUAUCUUUUUAAAAAUUAACCCUUUUAAUAUCAGAAGACCAAAAUAA